GCCAGGACUCUGUGCUAGGGGCCAGUCCCAGGAUGGAGGCUUUGGCCCACAAGGCUGGGCAGGGAGGAAUCCCCAAGGCUGAUGCCCGAGGUGUCUCCGGGGCCCGGGAGAAGAGGCCCGAGGAGCCGAGGCCCCUCGAAGAAGACCGGGCAGAGAGCCGCCCCAGUCAAAAGGCGGACCUGCCUGGAGGGGCGGCGGGUGGCAUGACGACUCCCCCAGGGUGGGGCUCACGGGGCUGCAGCCUCGGGGUAACCCCCGGCCCAGGGACCAGACCCCUAGUGCAGGAGCCGUGCGGCCCCGCCUAUUCUCAGGACCCGGACUUAGUUACCCCCGAGGGGUUGCAGGCUGGGGAGGGCCCCUGUGGAAGCCCGGAGCCUGCUGGGAACUGCAGCAGGAACUCCUGCGUGGCGCUGCAUCGCGGGGCGCCCGCUGGGGAGAAGCCCCCCGUGUGUGACCCUUGUCCGGAGUGACUCCGGAACCACCCUCGGACGUGUGAGGUCCACACGGACUGCUGGCCGUGCCAACCGCGGACUGGCGCUCCGACCUACCCGCAGACCCCAAAGCCGACCUCCCGCGGAAGAGGCCCCUCGGUGGAGCAGCCCCGGGUUUGCGCGUGCGGCGAGGCCUUUGCUUGGAGGGCCCCGCGGAUCCCCCAAGAGCGGCUGCAGGCGAUGAAGGAGCCCAGUCUGUGUGCCCGGUGCGGGAAGCGCUUUCGCCCCAAACAGCAGCAGCCGGGCAAAGGCCCCCCAGUGUGUCCCGAGUGCGACCAAACCUCGCGACCUUGCCUGGAUGUUCCCGAACCCCCGGCCCAGCGACUGUACGCUUGCGACGAGUGCGGCAAGGCGUUCACGCGCACCUCCAGCCUGCUGCAGCACGAGCGCAUCCACACGGGCGAGCGGCCCUACGAGUGCGCCUUCGUGCGCUGCUCCGGCCUGUACCGCCACCAGAAGACGCACUUGGCGGAGCGCCACCGCCGCUGCCCCGUCAUGGUCCAGCGUGCCCUCUGGCUGCAGCGCCCGCCCUGGGGGGACUGUGGCGAGCGGAGUCCCCGACGGGUGUCGGGAGCCGGGAAGAAGCCGUACGAGCGUGUGGAGUGCGCGAAGGCCUUCGGCCUGUUCUCUCACCUCGUGGAGCACCGGCGCGUGCACACCGGCGAGAAGCCCUACGCGUGCCCGGAGUGCGGCAAGGCCUUCAACCAGCGCUCGAACCUGAGCCGCCACCAGCGCACGCGCAGUAGCGCCAAGCCCUACGCAUGCCGACUGUGCGAAAAGGCCUUCAAGGGCCGCUCGGGCCUGGGGCAACACCAGCGCGUGCACAUCGGCGAGCGGCCCUACGGCUGCCCCGAGUGCGGCAAGACCUUCCGCGGCUGCUCCGAGCUGGGCCAGCAUGAGCGCCUGCACUCGGGCGAGAAGCCGUACAUCUGCCGCGACUGUGACAAGGCCUUCGUGCGCACCUGCAGCCUCGUGCGCCACCUGCGCACGCACACGGGCGAGCGGCCCUACGCGUGCGGGGAGUGCGGCCGCGCCUUCAGCCAGCGCUCCAACCUCAACGAGCACCAGAAGCGGCACACCGGCUGCGCCGCGCCUUGACCGCCAGGAGUGGAGAGUCGACGCGUCGCCAAAGCGAACUCUGCGUCCAGGAGAGGCCUUUGUUCCUGAAAACCCACAAACGUUUGUAACCUUGAUUAAACUUGACUUUGUACAC